CCUCCUCCACCACCGCCAUCCUCCGUCGUCAUUCCGGCAGCUUCCGCUUAACAUUCUCGCCAGAAACCUCUCCCAUACAUUCAUUUUAUCAAUUCUUCUGUGUAUGGCAGUUAGUUUAUUAACUCGCGAGGUAUCAGAUCUAUGCCUAGGAAAACCCGCUCUGAGGUCUCUGUCAAUCUCCGCCACCGUCGCUGACGCCUUAUCGGCGCUGAAAAGAUCCGACGAGCCGUAUUUAAGUAUAUGGAGCUGUGACCAUAAUAAUAAUAAUCUUCCUAAUUUUAAUAUUAAUAUUAAAACGAGAGGUUUAAGAUGUAAUGAGGAAAAUUGUCGCUGCAUUGGUAAAAUUUGUAUGGUGGAUAUUGUUUGCUUCUUGUGCAAGGAAGAUAAUUUGAAAAAUUUGGGGAAAGUUCUUCAAACUUGUGUUGCUGUUCUUGUUCCUAAAGUUUCUGGUGAUGUUGUUAAACAUUUGGAGCCUCACGCCAGGUUGUCGGAGGCUAUAGAUCUGAUUGUUGAAGGUGCACAGAAUCUUGUAAUACCACUUCAUAGUCCUUUUACAAGAGAAAAGCUGACACACAAGACAUCAUCUAUCUCCACCCUCCACAAUGGUCGUGAGUACUGCUGGCUGACGCUAGAGGAUUUAAUUCGCUACCUUCUUAACUGUAUCGGUCUCUUCUCGCCUAUUCCUAAUCACAGCAUUGAGUCCCUCAACAUUAUCGAAGCUGAAUCAAUCUUGGCGGUCUGUUACGACGAGCCUACCACUUCUGCAUUGCCGUUGAUCGCUCAAUCCCUUGUCAAGCAAACGUCAGUCGCUGUGGUUGACACAGAAGGCAAGUUAAUUGGUGAGAUAUCGCCUUAUGCAUUGAAUUAUUGUGAUGAGUCGGUGGCUGCUGCUGUUGCUACACUUUCUGUGGGGGAGUUGAUGGCUUUUGUAGAUUGUGGUGACCCGCCGGAGGAUUUAAUAAAGUUGGUGAAGGAACGAUUAGAUGAGAAAAACUUAGGUGCCGCUCUGGAACUGAUAGAAGAAGAAUCAGGAAUUUCAAUGUCAUCAUCAUGUUCUUCGUAUUCAUCUUCUUCAGAUGAGGAGUUUGGAUUAAGCAAGAGUGGGAGUUUUCGCUGUCAUUCGACUAGAGUUGCAAGGAGAACAGAUGCAAUAGUGUGCUUCCCAUGGAGCUCGUUGGUGGCGGUAAUGAUCCAGGCAAUUUCUCAUCGUGUGAGUUAUGUAUGGGUUGUUGAGGAAGAUGGCACGUUGGUUGGAAUUGUUACUUUCACGGGAAUGAUGAAGGUUUUCCGGGAACGUUUGAAGUCGAUGAUGUAGGAACUUUUAUACAGAAAUGUGAACUAAAUUGAAAAUUUAUAUUGUAUUAACUGAUUCUUCCUUUUUGUUUAGUUAAAUGAGGUUGUAAUAGAAGGAUUGCGAAUGUUAUUAAUUCACUCUUCACUGUGA